AUGGUCACUGAUCGUUGGUCGCUGAUCCUUCAGAGUUUACUCGAAUCACGUGGUUCAUGUGAUACUCAUGUCGAUACAAGUCUACGGUUGAAGCAUUGGGAGAAACACAGAAGUGGCUGUUCGUUUUCUAGGAUCAACAGUUUAUGCAAAGAAGUUAUUAUGAAGUCAUAUGUGAACCAUGGAUGGAAUGUGCUAUCAUCGAUUUCACAAGAGCAUCUUCUUCAUUACUGCACGAUCUCAUCGCUUGUUCGAGAAUGCAAAGAGCCGUCCCUUGUCGCUUUGUGUCGCCGCUACGAUCCCAGGGAAAAGUUCAUUCUGUCCGCAAGCAUCAUUGUGGACAUCGAACAGUGUCCGCGAACUCCACCUCCAGCAAGAAUAGACUAG